UACUGAAACAAAUUUGUAAAUAGUGAGAAAUCUAUCGAUCGAUCAACGUAUCAAUGCAGUUUUAUAAACAAACAGUGCAGCGAUUUAUUCGCACACACUUAUACGUGUGUAAAAUUCGCAGACAACAUUCAACAAGUGGCCGCUUGGUGUGUGCAUCAGCCCCACCAUCGCUCGAUCCUCUACAUAGCUCGGUCAUUCGCGAUAGACAGCGAAGAGAAGCAUUACCACGGGAAAAGUGCUACCUAAUAAUACCACGUUGGUGUAUUCAAUGAAUUCGUAAUUUCUCUGUGAACACUGUGGCAAAGCUAAUGAAUGUCAGUGCGAUUACAAGUGACACAUUGAAAAGAAAGAAAAAGAAAUUAUGGCUAUGGAUCGAACGAUGUACGGGAAGAUAGAACGAAGCGCUAUCUAUCAACCCUAUAAAAUCACCAUUAAGAAGGGUUCGCCACCUGGAUAUGCGUUGUUAGCGGAUUUACAAAACACGGUGUCAUCGGAGGGCAAUCAUGUCGGUAGUAAUGCAACUCCUGGUUACGGAUCAUUGAACGGGGCACGAACCACUGCAUACAGAUCCUACGAUAAUCGAACUUCCCCUCUUCCCUCACAAUCGCCGACUUAUCAAAACCGUGAAGCAAUCGAGGAGAGCAUCGCUAGAAGCAGCAGCGGAGGGAAGAUGCCGUCUCUGAACAACAAUCUUUCAGAGUUGGACACUCUUCUCCAAGAUUUAAGUAACGCUCGCUACAACGCCCACUAUCAGGAAAGAGAGACCCGCGUAUCCUCCGCAGGAAUGAACGGAGACUCUAGUCCGAUGCUUCGUUCUCCGAGCAGUAUGUCAGCCUCCAGACCCACCGUCGAUUCCUUACUCGAGGAAUUAAGCACCGCGGUACCGAACGGGGAUUAUCCGACGGAUGGAAAGGUGAAAGUGACCAUACAGGAGACGUCGACGGAGAUUCAACCUGUGUACGAUGGUUAUCCUUCCAGAGUACAUGGUUCGUUGAAUCGUAGCGAGGUGCAAAGGGGAUACACGAAUGGUCACACGGCUAGCAACGCUACCAAGGAACUGGACGACUUAAUGGCUUCUCUGUCCGAAUUCAAGAUCAACAGCGGCUCCCAUCAGCAUCAGACGGUGACAGACUCUCCGUACGCGAAGCCGAACAAAGCGACGAAGAGUUCGCAGAGCCCGCAGCCACCCGAAGGCGCGCAAACUCGAAUUCAUAUCACAGAGACCCACGCGACGCAUCAUUAUCAGCAGCAACACGGGGAGCCGUAUCCAAGCCAGCCAGCGGCUCAGACGAAACAGAAUCAGUUGGAUUCUAUGCUAGGAAACCUACAGGCAGACAUGAGCCGUCAAGGUGUGAACACUACUCAGAAGGGCUGCUGCAGCGCCUGCGAGAAGCCUAUCGUCGGACAAGUGAUCACCGCGCUAGGAAAGACCUGGCACCCGGAACACUUCACUUGCACCCACUGCAAUCAAGAAUUAGGAACACGGAACUUCUUCGAGAGGGAGGGACACCCGUACUGCGAGCCGGAUUAUCAUAAUCUAUUCUCGCCUCGUUGUGCCUACUGUAACGGUCCCAUUCUGGACAAAUGCGUAACCGCUCUGGAAAAAACUUGGCACACCGAGCACUUCUUCUGCGCUCAGUGUGGCAAACAAUUCGGCGAGGAAGGAUUCCACGAGCGGGACGGCAAGCCUUACUGCAGAGAGGAUUACUUUGACAUGUUCGCACCGAAAUGUGGCGGCUGCAAUCGUGCCAUCAUGGAGAAUUACAUAUCCGCCCUGAAUAGUCAGUGGCACCCGGACUGUUUCGUUUGCAGGGAUUGUAAGAAGCCAGUUUCUGGAAAGUCGUUUUACGCAAUGGAGGGCAAACCCGUUUGCCCGAAAUGCGUCGGCGUCGAUGACGACGAAGAAGAAGAAGAAGAAGAAGCAUAAACGAUGCGGAAGAUCGCAUUGUGAUGCUCUUCGAUUUCUUAUGUAUAAAGCCCUUUUUGCUCCCCAUUGAUAUAUGCUGUCAAACUCCAUCGAUGCGGAGUUUGCCUCUCUUCCCCCCACCCCCCACACGCACUUUUCAUUUUUCAGCUGAUGAUUUCAAACUGGUUUUACAAAAGAAGAAAAUGCACCAAAUGCGACCUCGUCGUUUUAUAUUCCGCUUCGAAAUUAUCUAUUCCUCGGACACACGGAUGUACACCCCCGCCACACAUACACGAACACAUAGAUGUACAGUACACGGAAACACAGCUAGGGCGAUGUUGUUAAUUUAUAAUAUGCUAUUCUAACGGGUCAUUGAUGCAGUCGGAAUUGAUUUACUGUCAAAUUACACUUUUUAGCUAGGAGAUUAUUAUUGUUAUUAACAAUCGAUCGUACAAAACGCUAAUAGCAGUUGUUAGUAUUGUAUGAAAAAAAUAAAAAUAAAUUAGGAAAAAAAGAAAACAAAAAACACACACAACACAAGAGUUAGCGUUCACUGACUCUGAUGCUGUCUCUUGCCAUGCGUCUUCCUUGAAGACAGGUAUGGUUCGAUGCCGGUGUCCUAUGUUAUAACGAUCCCAUCAGUACGUACAACUGCUACGAUUAGUAUUCGUUUCGCCUAGGGUGUACGAUCGAUGAUGGCAUAGAUUAUUUAAUAGGUUCCACCAUGCCCAUGGUUGCUUACUACUUGGAUUAGGACCUGAAUCAAUAAUGACUUAUCAAUUAUCAUUUAUUGUUAUUUUGUAUGCUUCGUGUUAGAACACGAAGAUGUAUGUCUUUUCUCGAACAGUCAUUUCCAAAUGACAUACAUAUUCUUUUUUUUUAAUUACA